GAGCCAACACAUCUUUGAUUUCUGAGAUGGCCUCUAAGACUCUCUCGAUGCUCUUGGCCUCUAUGGCCCUCUCCCUUCUACUCACAGGGUCAGCAGAGGAACAGGGCUUGAGUCUUGGUUACUACAGCAAGACGUGUCCUAAUGCCGAAGCUAUCGUGUUCGAGGAGAUGGCCAAAGUCAUCAGAGUCGCACCAAGCCUUGCUGGUCCUCUCCUGAGGAUGCACUUCCAUGAUUGUUUCGUAAGGGGAUGUGAUGGGUCAGUCUUGUUGAACUCCACGAAGGGAAAUGUAGCUGAGAAGGACGCACAUCCCAACCUCUCACUCAGAGGCUAUGGUGUCAUUGACAGAGUGAAGGCUAAACUGGAGAAAGCUUGCCCCGGGAUCGUCUCCUGCGCUGAUAUCCUAGCUUUGAUCGCCAGGGAUGUGGUGGUUUUGAGCAAAGGACCCUAUUGGCCUGUGCCGACUGGCCGAAGGGAUGGCUUUGUGUCCAUGGCCAACGAGACCAAACAGCUGCCACCACCCACCGCCAACAUCACUACGCUGAUCUCAAUGUUUGCUUCCAAAGGAUUGAGCGUGAAGGACCUUGUUGUUCUAUCAGGUGGGCACACGAUCGGGAUCUCGCACUGCUCAUCCUUCAGAAUGGACGCGGUCUUGCCUAUUUGA